UUGUGUAGUAGACACUAAUAUGUAUUUUUUUAAUAAAUGUAGCCUACAGGUGUGGUCGAUAAUUACCAUGUUUUGUUUUGAAGCGAGAAAAAAAAGGUGAGAAAAUGACCACGUGUAGAAGUUGUGAAAUCAGUUGAGGAGAAUAGCAGGAAAAAUGUACACACAGAACAGGUAAUCCUGGUAAAGAAAGGAAUGGAAGAUGAGUUGACAUGCCCUGUCUGCCUAGAGCUGUAUGCAGAUCCCCUGUUGCUCCCCUGCUCCCACAGCAUCUGUAAGAAAUGUCUGCACGAGAUCAUCGACAAUCGGUGCAAGAAGGGCAAAGAGGGCUUGGACUGUCCAUCCUGUAGAAAAUCACUGGCCAUCACAAAAUCAAAAGUUUCCAAACUUCCUAGAAAUCUUGCCUUGGAAAACGUCGUCUUUCGCUACCAGGAAAUACAGAGCCAAAAUCUUGCACGGAAUCUGAACAGUUGUGAGUUACCACAGGAUGUGACUUCACCUGUAAGUCUGUGCACCAGUCCAGUGUUUCUGGCUGAGGAGCAGGGCAGUGUGAGGGAGGGUGGGGAGAGCCUGGAGCAUUGUGGCCUGUGUGAGGACCAGUCUGUGAGUCCCGCUGCCUGGUACUGUGAGCAGUGCUGUGUGGCCUACUGUGACCUGUGUCUGGAGACAUUCCACCCGCACAGGGGGUCACUGAUGCUUCAUAAACUCAGGAGACCAGUGAAGGAUGAGUCCACAGAGCGGGGCACACUCUGUGUGGACCAUGAGAAGGAAGUGUGCUCCAUCUACUGUGACCAGUGUCACAUCCUUGUGUGUCACCUCUGUGUCUGUGAAGGCAUUGGCAAACAUUCACAGCACAAGAUCCUCUCUUUGGAUACUGCUCUUGAAAAGACAAAAGUGUUGUUGUCAAGCACUGAGGACAAACUGCACUCUGUGCUGGCCACACUGACAGAGCAGACCAGCAAACUAGAAGAAAAUGUCAAGGAAAUUGAGGGGAUGCACAGCGAGGCAUGUAAGAAGAUAGAUCAGCAGUAUCAGCGCUGUCUGGAUGACAUCACAGCCUGCCUGGCACAACACCGCCAACAGACACUGGACAAACUCUGCACAGCUAAGUCUGUAGUCUUGGAGCAGCAUCAGAACCAUAUUGCUGACCACAGCCGUCAGUUGGAGGAUACUGCGGCCCUGCUGGCUACCUGUGGGUCAAUGCUGGCCACGGACCAGGGUAGGGAGCUGCUCAGUAGAGCUGGGGAACUGCCGGGCAUUGUGGGCAAGCAGGAGUCCACUGCAGACAGACUACAGUCCCUGAAGCAGGCGUACCAGGACCUGCUGUAUGACCGGUCCAUUCAUCAAGACCUCAAGCAGUCCGUGGUAGACUUCCAUACAUCUACACUGGACUGCCUCAAGGCACUGCUAGUGGAUGACGUGAGCGAGUGUCAGAACAUGAUUCCUGUGAUCAAGACGUCUGCAUCGCCAGGCAGUGAUGCAGUGACAACCAGCAGCAAGUGUCUAACCACCUGGGGGUUCAACUCCUCCACAUUUACAGCCGAGCCUCUCACCAGGAGCGCCGUCUGGUCAGUCACCGUGGAGAAAAACACCAGCCAGUUUGGGGAUCACAGGGCAGGGUACAUAUUUGGUGUCGGAAUAUCCUGUGAAAAAGUGCCUGUCAAAGAACAGGUUGGAAUGAACUCUUACUCCAGUGGAAUCAUUUGUUCUUCGGGAAAUAUUAUGUUUUCUCAUAAUGGCAAAAUGGAACAGUUAAUGCCAUUGGAUAACUUGCCCCUCUCUGUCACAGUUCAUUGCAAGGUGAACCAAUCAAAAGGCGUUUUACUGUCAUAUACUAUUACUGAUGCAACUUGGGGCGACUCCUUACAUGGGAAAAAGAUUUUGUGUGAGAAAUUUAUAGGUAAGCCCAUCUUUCCAGUAUUCACUGUUAGCCAGAGGGUUAAAAUGCAGUUUCCAACGUAUGUUUAAACUAUGUUUGGUAAUUUUAGUUAUACAAUACUACUAAAUGUGCAAUGCAAUCGUCAUUGUGUAUCAUUAACUGUAGAUUAUCUUGUUCAACAUUAUACUCAUUAUCUCAUCCAGUCUGAGUUACUAUUGGUACUAUGUACUUGACUCGCUACAGUUUCCAACUUGUGUUAAAGAAUAAUUAUUUAUUAUUUAUCAAAAGAAAUGAUAACACAGCACAAUUUGUUUUAGAUUGCUAAGAUAUUUUAAGCAAUAUCAUGAAAAGCAGUAUUGCUGAAAAUAAGACAUGGCCUUGUGUUGAUCCUUACCCAUAAUCAACAUAGUCAAUAAAAUAGUCUUUGAGAUGAUACAUGUAAAUUGAUCACAGAGGCCCAGCGUUAGAAGACUAAUACAAUCUCACGAGGGCUAUCAAAUAAAUUAAUUCAACUUCACAUUCCGAUAUUGCUGACAUAGAAUGGUCAAAAAAAGGUUUGUGUUUCAAUAAAUGGUUUGCAGAUGAAAGUCUGCAUAUUUAUAUGUACAUGUAUUUUGCAUUCUGUUUCCACUGACUGAACUGGCAUCGAUUUCUACAUGUUUUACUGUGCAUUUCAAUGGCCACCAACAAAAUGAUGGAUUUUGUUAUUUUAUAGCAAUUUUAGGAAACACUUAUGAUACUACAGAUAAUUAUUGUAUAUGUGCUGCAUUUUUUUAUAAAUCAUUUUCAUUAUAUAAACGUAUACUUGUAUUAAAUUAACAAGGCACAUAACACAUUUUUUUUGCCAUUUGACCCAUUAUGUAUGCAGAUUUGCCAAUAUCAUUUAUUGAUGUGUAAGCAUUACGUUAUUUGUUGUAAUACAUGUAUGUAUUAAGUUUUAACACUGUACUUUCAAUGUAAUUCUUAUAUCUGCUUCAUGUGUUUCUUGUAAAACAUGUUCGUUUUGAUACACACACAGACUACAUACACAAAUACGAGCCCUUCUGUUAUAUAAAAAUCUGGAUUAGUUAAGUGAGCAUUCAUUAGGGCUGGCCAUAUGACUACAUUGUUGUCAGUCUCAAUUGACAAAAGUGCUGGUU